UUAUCUGAGUGACUCUGGUUUUUGGGGUCUGCCUCCGAGCGCGUGUGUCAGAGAGGGAGUGUGUGUGUGUGUGUGUUCGGUGGAGGGAGAGAAGAGAUAAAGGGAAGGAGGAGGCAAGCAGCGUUUGUUCUCCCCCCCUUCAGCUUCCCCCGUCUCCCUGCUCCCUGUCACUCCAUCCUUCCUCCCCACUCCUGGACCCUCCAGCCCUGCUCCGAGCCGGACCGAGAUCCCCACCUCACCCCCUCCUGCCUCCCAGACCACCCCGGGACCCUUUGACUCUCCUUACUUCUCCAUCCCACCAGCCUCAGCCUCUGAGCAGGGAUUCCCCUCCCCCUGGUGCGCUGACUGUGAAAUCAUCUGCACUAAAUCCACUGAACAGCAGCUCCGCCAUCGAUUUGAUCUAAACGCUUCUGCUGGCGAGGCGCAGCAAAGAGCAUCGGCCAAAACAACCGACCCACAUUCUGCUGGAAGGCUGCCAGCCACGGGUCACAUGACCUGGAAGAAAAAAGUUAGGAUACUUUUGGGAUCCCUCUUUGCAUGGGCUGACAGUCUACCUGAAGGAAAUUCCAAAGGCUGAUGAACUGACCUGUGUGCGUGUGUGUGUGAGACCUGUGUCUGUGUGGUGUCCUAUGCCCUGGACGCACAACCUCCAGCACAAACCUGGUGACUGGUUGGCUGGAGUGCCAUCUUACUCCAUCUCCCUGUGAGGACAUCUCAUUCCAGGACUGGUCUUACCUCCUCCCCCAGCAUGGAGCCCACCAAAGUUCAGUCAGAGGGGGGCCUCAACGUCACACUCACCAUCCGCCUCCUCAUGCAUGGAAAAGAGGUCGGAAGUAUAAUUGGAAAGAAAGGGGAGACGGUGAAAAAGAUGCGAGAAGAGAGUGGAGCCAGAAUCAAUAUUUCCGAGGGCAACUGUCCAGAGAGGAUUGUCACCAUCACUGGACCAACAGAUACCAUCUUCAAGGCUUUUGCCAUGAUUGCCUACAAAUUUGAGGAGGACAUAAUCAAUUCCAUGAGCAACAGUCCAGCAACCAGCAAGCCCCCCGUCACAUUAAGGCUUGUCGUGCCAGCCAGCCAGUGUGGCUCCCUCAUAGGAAAAGGAGGCUCUAAAAUAAAAGAAAUGAGAGAGUCCACAGGAGCCCAGGUUCAAGUGGCAGGGGACAUGCUGCCCAACUCCACGGAGCGUGCAGUGACAAUCUCUGGGACCCCAGAAGCCAUCAUCCAGUGUGUCAAACAAAUCUGUGUGGUUAUGCUGGAGUCUCCACCAAAAGGUGCCACCAUUCCUUACCGCCCAAAGCCGGCCUCCACCCCAGUCAUUUUUUCUGGUGGCCAGGCCUACACAAUUCAGGGACAGUAUGCCAUACCCCACCCAGAUCAGUUGACCAAGCUCCACCAGUUGGCUAUGCAGCAAACCCCCUUUACCCCUCUCGGACAGACCACCCCUGCUUUCCCUGGUUUGGAUGCCAGUCCACCAGCCAGCACCCAUGAACUCACCAUUCCUAAUGAUCUAAUAGGCUGCAUCAUUGGACGUCAGGGAACCAAAAUAAAUGAGAUUCGACAGAUGUCUGGGGCGCAGAUCAAAAUUGCAAACGCCAUGGAGGGCUCAUCAGAGCGCCAGAUCACCAUCACAGGGACUCCUGCUAACAUCAGCCUGGCACAGUAUCUCAUCAAUGCAAGGCUGACAUCUGAAGUCACUGGAAUGGGCACACUCUAAUUUCUACUCAUCUUCCCUCAGUGCAUCACAUGGCCCUUGAGCUUUUAGCACCGUGUCUGCUUUAUUUACCAUUUUUGCAUAUUUGACGUUCCCGUUAAGUGACUUUUGACUUUUUUUUUCCUUUUCUUGUAUUUUCUGUAAACACAUGUAUCUGCACUCACGAGGAUUCCUCUCACCUACUGUAUCUGACACUCUAUUUCUGAAAGACUUUACUCACUAAACUUACUCCACUCUGC